AUGCUGUCCGAAAAGGGCCCAAGCUUGCUCCUUCAAGGCGGCAGGAGGACAAUUGGCCUCCUUUUAAUUGCCGCUGCCUUCUUUUUCCUCCUCCUCACAUACAUCAGCAUCCCAUCUUAUCCAAGACUUCCACCCGCUACUUUGACGACAUCGUCCACCCAAUCCAGACCAAAUCCGGCCCGGCCGAUACCAGAAGCGCCGAAACCCCACACAGUCAGCGUGUAUGAGGCCGCCUCAAACGGUACCGUCGGCCUCGACUCCCUAAUUUUCCUCAACCUCCCGCAUCGCCACGAUCGAUUCGAUGCCGUGGCGAUCCAAGCACAUUUGUCAAAACUGAAAAUCACCCGCUUCCCUGCCGUCGACGCGUCGCAACUGAAAAACUCGGGCAUGCCACCUGCCGAAGGCAAUUACGUCCUCAAGGAGGGCGAGAAGGGCUGCUUCCGUGCGCACGCCAACGUGUGGCAGCACAUGUUGGAGAAUGACAUAGCCGCCACGCUGGUUUUUGAGUCAGACGCCGGCUGGGACAUCAACUUCAGACAAAUCAUGGGUAAAUUGAAUGGAGGCUUCCGCAACCUGCUGCAGAAGGAAUACCCAGAUAAUCGCGAGCUUUUUCAAGAAAACCCCGACGACCCCUGGCUGGCCCGCUCGGGCACGUGGGAUAUAUUAUCCCUUGGACACUGUGUUGACCAACGAACCAACGGUCAAUAUGUCGUCUACGACGACCCCCACGCCCCGAAUACCGACUACAAAUUUGGUCUCGAAAUGGGCGAUGUGCUGCUCAACCACAAAAGGAUCGUAUUCCGUACAAACGCCCUGUUCUGCACAACAGGUUACCUGGUCUCGCUCUCGGGAGCUGCACGCAUGCUCGUCCGCAUGGCUUGGAAUUUCGACGUGCCGGUAGACGUCAUCAUGAACCAAAUGAUCAACGCCGGAGAGUUGCGGGCGUACAGCAUGCAACAGAGGCCCGUGGUUCAGUGGAGCUACAUCUCGGGUAUCGGCAAGGGUACCAGCAACAGCGACAUUCAAAGCGAUGGCAGACCUGAGGAGGGCAACGCAGAGGGUUGGGACCGGGCCAAGAAAGAUCGGAGCGUCUACGACUAUCACGGCGGGUAUGCCGAUGCCAGCUUAGUAGAAUUUGCUCUCAACGAGGCCUGGCAUCGCAUUAUUGGCAACAACUAG